GUCCGUCUUGGCUGGGCCAUCUGCUUCUGCCAUUUGUCCGUAUGUUGCUGUGUCUCUACUCCGGAGCUCCACUCGCCGAACGCCGUCAUCCCCCGGUCAAUUUCUGGUCGCCAUCCUUUCCUCAUAUAUAACUCCCGGUCAACCGCAUCCACCAACACGAGAUCCCUCAAAACCCUCGCGCCCCCCCGCAGGAUCCUGUCUUGAAACGUUUACAAAACACCGAGCCCGAAUUGACUGUCCUGCGGUGCAGUAGGGUGUGUUGCAACUCUUCUCGGGGCCCCUAUACGACUCUUUACGACUCUACCUACGACCUACGAUCAUCCUAGAAAUACUCGUCGAUCUCCCGUCCUCCCCUCUAACGUCAUAUCCCUACUUUUUCGCAUACUCUCUCUUCAUUGAUACUCGAUACUCUCCCAGUCCAUUCUUCCCGCGUCGGCGCGCUUUCAAUUCGCCUUGAUAUUGUGCCAGGUCUUCGCCAUGAAGGUCCUCGGUUCUGUUCUGGCCUCUGUCGCCGCCCUUUCUGUCGCUGAUGCCUACUCUGUCGUCGUUCCUCGAGAUGCUUCCCCCAAGAUGCAGCUGGUGGACUCUCUCGCUGUUGCCGGAGCAGCCGUCGAGCGCGCACUGCCAAAUUCUCCCUCAGGGGGGUAUGCGCCAAUGGAGGUUUCUUGCCCCGCGGACCGACCUACCAUCAGAGCAGCCAGUAGCUUGUCCCCCAAUGAGACGGCAUGGCUCCCGAUUCGAAGGAAUAAUACCAUCGCUCCCAUGAGAGAGUUUCUCUCAAGGAUGAACAUCUCAGGCUUCGACGCUACUUCAUAUAUCAAUGGCAUCCAGAACAAUGCCAGCGCGUUGCCAAAUAUCGGUAUUGCAGCUUCAGGGGGUGGGUACAGAGCCUUGAUGAACGGUGCUGGUUUCCUCGCGGCUGCAGACAACCGCACAAUCAACUCAACUGGAGCAGGCGGGAUCGGUGGUCUCCUGCAAUCGGCUACCUACGUUGCGGGUCUAUCCGGAGGUGGAUGGCUGAUGGGUUCAAUCUACAGCAACAACUUCACUUCCGUCCAAGAUCUCCGUGAUGGUAGCAAGGGUUCCUCGGUAUGGCAGUUCGGCAAAUCAAUCUUCGAAGGGCCAGAUUCUGAUGGCAUCCAACUCGUCAGCACGACCGACUACUGGACGACCAUCCUGCACGAGGUCAACCAGAAGAGAGACGCGGGGUUCAACGCCUCCAUCACUGACUAUUGGGGACGCGCGCUCUCUUUCCAACUCGUCAACGCUACCGAUGGAGGACCAGCCUACACAUUCUCCUCCAUCGCUCUCCAGCCAAACUUCGUCUCCGGCGAAAUCCCCAUGCCAUUCCUGGUUUCCGAUGGCCGAGCUCCCGGAACCCAAAUCGUUUCCCUCAACUCCACCGUCUUUGAAUUCAACCCCUUCGAACUCGGCUCCUGGGAUCCGACAACCUACGCCUUCGCCCCGCUCCGCUACGUCGGCUCCAACUUUUCCGCUGGUGUCGUCCCUGAGGAUGGAAAUUGCGUCGAGGGCUUUGACCAGAUCGGAUACGUCAUGGGCACUUCUUCGACGCUCUUCAACCAAUUCCUCCUUCAGAUCAAUGGCACCUCUAUCCCAGGCUUCAUCGAGGACGCCCUGACCGCCAUCCUGACCGACAUUGGUGAAGACCAGAACGACGUCGCGCAAUGGCAGCCCAACCCCUUCUACAACUACAACAAUGACACCAACCGCAACUCAAUCUCGCAGCAACUGACUCUCACCGAUGGUGGCGAGGACGGACAAAACAUCCCCCUGUACCCGCUCAUCCAGCCUCAGCGUAAAGUCGAUGUGAUCUUCGCCGUCGAUUCGUCCGCCGACAUCAACAACUGGCCGAAUGGUACCUCGCUCGUCGCAACCUACGAACGCUCUUUGAACAACACUAUCGAGAACGGCACCGCCUUCCCCUCCGUUCCCGACCAGAACACCUUCGUCAACCUCGGCCUCAACACCCGCCCAACCUUCUUCGGCUGCGACGCGAGUAACAUCACUGGCACCGCCCCGCUCAUCGUGUACAUCCCCAACGCACCCUACAACACUCAAUCGAACGUCUCGACCUUCACCAUGUCCUACAGCGACGACCAGCGCAACAGCAUCAUCGAGAACGGUUACAAUGUCGGAACCAUGGGCAACGGCACCUUGGACUCCGAAUGGCCAGCCUGCGUCGCCUGCGCCGUGCUCUCACGUUCCUUCACCCGCACCGGCACCGCCGUCCCGAGCGCCUGCAAUGACUGCUUCAACCGCUACUGCUGGAACGGCACCACCAACAGCACGACCCCGAACACCUACUACCCCGACUACAGACUGACGAACUCGACCGCGGACGCGUCAGGGAAGAAGAAGAACGCCGCUACGUCGACGGCGACCGCAGGCUUGGGCUUUAGCCUCUUCGCCGCGGUCUCUGUUGCCGCCCUCCUUAUUUAAGCGAGAUAACCGCAGGGCGUGUAGAAGAUGCCAGAAAAAUUCUGGUUUGUACACAGAUUGUACACAGAUUGUAUAUAAUAAGUAUAAAAAUACUUCCUAUUCAAAAUGGAUGUGGGGUACCUAUUUAAAAAUGUACAUUUCUUCCUUUCUUCUUCUUCAGCAAUGUUUUUUACAUUCUUUUUCUUUUAACAGGGAAAACUAAGGCAAGGAAGGAAAGAGGAAGGGAAAGGAAGGCAAGCAAGCAUGUAUGGAUUUCCGGUCAAUUUGUAGGCCUGGUGUAGAUUUAGUUAGUUAGCUAUCUAGGUACCUUAUAGAACUAGAAAGCUAGGAGAAAUAUAAGAAGAU